AUGGUGAAAUAUUCAGAAGUUCCGAUGGGCGACAAAUCCGACCUUGAUCGUCUGACAGACGGCCAGGAAGGCAGAGAAAUCAUCAUCGUCGCAACUUGGCUCCGGCCGACGAAGCUUAUCGGACUUAUCGACCUCUUUCUAGCCCUUAUUUGCUACUUGGUCGCAGAAAUUUUACGAUCCUGGGUACACCCUAUCUCCGACGAUCAAAGAGACUUCUACUACCAAGGCCUUUGGCAAAUUUGCUCUGUUCCAGACCAGCUCUUAAAUCAAUGCACCGUUGACCCAGAAUCUUGUGAAGAAAUCGAAGCUGAAUGCGCAACAUACAACUCUGCAUACGGACUUUGGACAAGAAUAAUCUUCACGCUUUGUUUCUUGGUUUCAUUCGUCUCUUUCAUCGCUGGAAUCAUUGCGUACUCGAAUAGAGAGCGAAGAGAUUGGUACAAAUACCUCGGGUGGAUUUUGGUCGUGACAUCUUUGUUUGUGCUCAUUUCCCUGACGAUUUUCCCGUCCGGUUUUAUCCGAAAUUUCCCAUUUUACACAAAAUGGUUCUUUGGCCUUGGCUACGGAUUUGGCUGGGCAGCUCUUUGCCUCACGCUUCUUGCUGGCGUUCUUUUCAUCCUUGGCCACGGUCAAAACAAGAAGAAACGAUUCGUCGCAGAGAAACGCAUUCGAAUUUGA